UUAAAACAUAAAAAUAGGUCGUGCACGAGCGCUCCCUAUUGGUUUACUUGAAAACCGCAGCUCACGACAUGACAUCAUCGCUACCUUUAACCUCCUACGGAACCUGUCCAGUCACAUGACCAAAGAUCAGCUGUACGUACGUGGGCGGGGUGAUUCGGCUGUGUUCUCACACGUUUUCUUCCUGCUUUGACUUCCUAAAACAUUCCUCUUACCAGAAACCACGACAUCAGCGCGAGCCGGAAUUGUUUGGGCUCACGGAUACCUUGUGACGGCCAGCGACCGUGGAUUGCGCCUGGCUGACCAAAACGACCACCUGUCUCCAGUUCCAGGGUUCAGGUUUCGGAUCAGAGUAGCUUGUUGGCUUCCCAAGUAGUACUGAGUAUACACACACGUACAGUAUUAUUUCUGGCUACCGGGGAGGUGCUGUACUCUGACCGGCGCGGGGCGGGCGACCAUGCCGGUGGCAGUGGCAAUGUUCAGCGGCAAGUGGAAAUACGGCAGCGGCGAAAACCACGAAGCCUUCAUGUCGGCAAUAGGAGUUCCCAAGGAGCUUCAUCAGUUCGCGUCAGAGACGGUGUUCUACAUUGAAUGCCGGGAAGAGGGCGGGGUAAUCACCUGGGCGACGACGCCGGAAUAUCUUGGCGCCAAACACGGAACCGUCACGAACGUCUUCCGGAUCGGCGAGGAGAUAGAGGAGGACACGGGAGACGGCAAGAAGAAAAAGUGUGUGUACACCUGGGACGGGGAUAAGCUGGUCUCCACCUAUCCAGACUGGGACGGGAAGGGGUUGAAGGUCACCAUGUCCAGGGCACUGGAGGGGGAUUCCACCAGCACGGUGAUGUCUGCUGGUGACGUCACGUGUACCGUGGUUUACCUCAGAUGUUAGUGACGUCAUCACGGCGGCGGCUUUGCAGUGGAAACACAGAGAAACUUAUUAACGUACAAUACAUGGUGUCCAUGUCAGUAAAUCUGCUGGUCAGUUUUCAAGCUUUGUGUCAAUUUACCAACACAAUGUGAGAAAGACGUCUUAUAUAUUAAUGUAGGUUUUGGUUAUAGAGAUUUAACUACUAGAACUAUUAUUAGAAUUUUUUAUAAAAAAGAAUCCUGAACUAGUUGAUUACAGUUUAAACUUUGGGUUCAACACAUGGGGACUGCGACAUGCCUUCGGUCUUCCUCAGGUUUACUGUCACAAUUCACUCACGUGACCCUAUAUGGACACGUGACUCAUGACAUCACUUAAUGGGCAAAAUGUGCAUGGAAGUCUGUAUCGCCCCCCGUCUUGGCAAGUCGCAGUUUUCUCGUGUUGGAUAUGAAAGUUAACUUCAGUAAUCAUGUUGUGUGCAACGUUUGUCUUGAUAUGUAAUUGUAAAUUUGCUUUAUUUUGUCGUCUGCAAUAUUUGAAGAAUUAAUCAUGAGACUUGAUACGACGACAAAACGUCACCACAGUCAUGGAUCGUGUUGUUGAUUAAUCUUGUCAUUUCGAUAUGGGAAAGAGGCCAAUUAGAAAGGUUUAAAUCCCAUGGCACACAGUGAACGCUGUUGCUUUUUAUCUUGUUGCUUGGAUUUCAAAGUAUGUAUUGAGGCUCAAACACGAUGAUAUGAUUCUCAAAGGAUGCUAUUUUACUUGAAAAAAAUGUUUGCUUUAGUAUAACUGUGUAGCCUGGGUUCCGUCCGAUUUGUAAUGGCAAUUUUUUCGGGGUUGCCAUUACCAAUCGCAUGGCACCAGGCUAAUAACUGAGAACACAAAUGUAGAUUGCUUAGGGUUACUCAGGCGUAAUUUCUAUCAUUAAGGUUCAUCACAGUUUUUACGUGGAUGGGCCUUGUUGUACACAGUUGAAAACAAGUGUGCAGUACUGGUAUAACUAUGUGGAAAAUCCAUCGCUGGUGCAUUAAGUCCUCAAUAAAAAAUGUUUAC